GGCCAAGUUAGUCUGCAAAUGAGCAGUCAAGUGAACGGUUUUUAAAGACGUCUGCGCAUUGAAUUUUGAUUUGAACAAAAAAAAUUAACAAAUAUUUGGUUGGUGGAAAAAACCAACUAAAAUAAAAAUCAAAAAAUAAAAAGAUUUUCAAAAUUUGGAUUUAAUUUUUUUUUUGCCUUUCGCCUGCUGAAAGUUGGAUUAACCCUCAAAUCGUUUUGAUUUGUUUGAAUUUUCAAAAAAACUGUUUUUUUUAACUUUAAGGUUUUUCAAAAUUCUCUUAAUCUAAGGGGUUUUACAUCACAAUGAAGAGAGCCAAACGAUGGAGUUUAAUAGCAGCUGUUCUUUUAGUUUUUGCCAUAGCUCAACAGGUUGAUGCUGUUGCGCCAUUCAAAAAAGUUUCCAUUGCCCCCAAGACCACAUCAACAACAACACCCACAACACCAGGUGCUGCCGCAAGCGAGGCAAGUUCUGAUGAAUCUUCAACGGCGGGUGAGGAGAAAGUGGAAGAACAAAAGAACGAGGCCACACCAAAACCCAAUUCAAGAGAAUCCAAGCUGACGGGUAUACCACAAAUCGAUUACAUUUGGGAUCCCAACUUGCCCAGAGAAUUGAGAGGCUACAAUUUGUCCUCGUAUCCAUUCUUAGCAACGACCCCUGCCGAUGAAGAUAUCCAUUUUAAGUGUGAUGGUUUGCAUGAUGGCUUCUAUGCAUCCAUAGAAUAUAAAUGUCAGACUUAA